AUGUCCGCUAGAAAGGCGACGAGAGGCUCGAGAAUUGUUCUCGAUCGUUCAACGCUCUCGACGAGCAGCAACGGCGCCGGCGAUGAUUCCUUCGGAUCCACCCUUGAGACGUCGCGUUUGCAGGAAAAAGACACGCUCACGUCCUUGAACAGUCGCCUAGCCGGCUACAUUGACAAAGUGCGCUCAUUGGAAGCGGAGAAUAAUCGGCUUCAGGUGCAGAUUCGCGACAUUGAAGUUGUUGAGAAGAAGGAGAAGAGCAAUUUGGCUGAUCGAUUCGAGGCUGAAAAGGCGCGUCUUCGUCGCGCUUUGGAUCUUGCCAACGACGAAAUCGCGAAGAACAAGAUCGAGUAUGACGCGGCGCGUGCCGAACUCAAACGGCUGAAGCCGUUGAACGAGAAACUCGAGCGUGAGCUCGCCGGUGCCGAAGAGCAAGUUCUUCAGGCGCAAUCGAUCGCCGAUCAGAGUCAAGCGAAACAGAAGACGCUUCAAGCGCGCAACGACAAGCUCGUUCUUGAGAACGAUGAGCUUCGAAAUCAGGUGGCCAAACUCAAAGAUCAAGUCGAAAAUUUGAAGAAGGGCAUGGAGGAUGAGACAUUGCUUCGCGUUGCCGCCAACAACAAGGUCAAAGGGCUCGAAGAGGACCUCGCGUUUGCCAUGCAACAACACAAAUCUGAGCUCGAGGAGGUUCGCCAUAAGCGUCAGGUCGACAUGACUACCUAUGCGAAGCAGAUCUCCGACGAAUACCAAUCGAAGCUUCAAGAUCAACUCGCCGACAUGCGCGCGCAAUUCCAGGCGAAUUUGGCGCAAAACAAGGCCGCUUUCGAGGAAGCCUACAAGAACAAACUCAACGACGCUCGCGAGCGCCAAGAGGCCGCCAUGGACGAGGCGUCUCGCUUGCGUGUUCGCCUUCGCGAUAUUGAGUCGUCGAGCGCUGGAAACGCGGCGCUCGUCGAGAAGCUUCGCAAAGAGCUUGAGACACUCAAGAAUAUGUAUCAGGAGAAGCUCGACGACAAGGACGCGCGAAUCGCCGAGCUCAACAAGGAGGUCGAGCGAAUGCUCACCGAGUUCCACGAUCUGCUCGACGUCAAAGUGCAACUCGACGCUGAGCUGCGCACCUACCACACGCUUCUCGAGGGCGAGGAGGAGCGAUUGAACUUGACGAACGACUCGACGCGCAAUGUCUCAACCCAUCACGUCUCGUUCUCGACGGGAUCGGCGGCCGGACAACGCGGUGUCAAGCGUCGUCGUAUUCUUGACAUCAAUGGAGAGGAUCAGGAAGUUGAUUAUUUGAACACUCGCUCGAAGCUCAACAAGGAAACCACUGGACCAGUAGGAAUCGACGAGGUUGAUGCGAACGGUCAAUGGGUUCGCGUCGCGAAUAGUCUCGAAGAGGAAGUGUCGAUCGGAGGCUACAAGCUUGUCGUCAAAGCCGGCAACAAAGAAGCUUCGUUCCAGUUCUCGCAGCGCAUGAAGUUGGGACCAUUGGCGUCGGCGACGGUGUACUCGGCGAAUUCGGGCGCCACUCACAACCCGCCACAAGUCUAUGUGAUGAAGAAGCAAAAUUGGCCAAUUGGCGAGAACCCAUCGGCUCGAUUGGAGGACAGCGAGGGAGACACAGUUUCGUCGGUGACUGUUGAGGUCGUCGAGUCGUCGGACCCAUCGGACCCAGCCGAUCGUUGCACCAUCAUGUAA